AGCUGUUCAAGCCCCUCGCCCACCCACCUUUCCCAGCUGCAGCUUUCUCUUCACCUUCACACCUCGCCCGACCCCAGAUCUCCUACCACGCGACACGCAGCUUGAGGAGCGCGCCCUCUGCCGCGACGAUGAUCGUGUCAACUCCGGAUCUCGCCGUGGCCAAGGCCGCGCUCACGGCCGCGCUGCUUCGCGACGAUCCCACGCCUCUGCCUCGCGGCGGCAUCGAGGCCGCCAUGGACCUCAUCGACGGCACCCUCGACAAGUGCUCGCACGAUAACGUUCAGGUUUGCUACUACGCUGGAGAGCCGCCAUCUCUCCCGUACCUGAACACCUUGAAAGAGGUUUGCUAAACUUCUCGUUCUAGGAAUGCAAGAAUUGGAUUGUCGCCAACAUCGUCCACUCUCAUGGCCGCACGACCACCUUUGGAAAGUUUCUGGUUGCCCUCUCCGAAAGUAUGGAAGACGACUUCGACCGACCCAGCGUGAGGCGGCGUAGGCUCCACGUACUGUACAUUGUCAGCGACGUGCUGCACCACGUCGUGGUCCGUCAGGGCAACACUGGCUUCGCUGCUUUGUGGGGAGCUCAGCUACCCGACAUGGUCAUGGCCGCGUCCUUCUUCGACGUCGAAAAGAGCCCCAAGCACAUCGCAAAGGUUCGAGACCUUCUCGACAUCUGGGAGGAGCGUCAAUACGUUCCCACGGCACUGCUAGCACGCCUCAGGGAGACUGUCAGCCUCGGCUCCGACAAGCACUCUGGCUAUCCGAUUUUCCCCAAAGAGGAGGAUGCAACCCAGCCGGCCGAGUCUGCGCCUCGCAGCGAGCCCUAUGUCCACGGCGACCCGUCGCUUCCCUGGCACGAGCAGCCGGCCGGCUGCUGGCUUCCACACCUGAAGCGCGGGUCUACCAACCCCAUCCGUCCUGAGCAAAUCCGCCCUCUCACGAUUUACCCUACGCCUAAUGACGACGAGCUCGACAGACUCGUGGACGAGACAGUUCGCGAAGUCAACGACAUGUACAGGCCCAAGCCUUUGGCGGAGGUUGCUGGGUGCGAUGUGAACGCCUUGGGACAGAUUAUCAACCCUGACCUCCCCGCCGAACAGCAAAGAAACUAUUAUGGCUGGAGCGCGGAGUUUUGUGGAUGGAUGAAGGAGAGGUUCGGGCCUCGCAAGGACUCGCCUGGCGCUCGAGAGUCCCGUUCUCGGUCCAGAGAUGCGUAUUCCAGCCGCUCGCGAAGCGUGUCACCAUCGCGUUCUCGUAAGAGACGACGCGUCUCGUCCGCCUCCAGAAGCCGCAGCAGAAGCCGGCACCAAAACCGCUCGGAUCGCUCUCGCCAGCGACGCAGCUCAUACAGUCGCAGUCGCAGUCGCAGCAGUAGCCGUAGCCGCGGCCGCGAUCGCAGUUUUACUCCGCGACGCAGCGGAUCUCACAGACGUCGCUCGUAUAGCCGAUCACGUUCGCGGUCCCGCUCGAUGCAGUCAGCACCUCGGCGUCCGUCCCCUCACUCACACUCUCACAGGAACGACCGCGGCCCCGUUCAGCCACCCAACCCUGCGGUAGCAUCGCAGGCCUAUUUUCAAAUGCCUCCUCAAGGACCCGCAAGCCAGCAAGUUGCAUUACCACCACCACCACCACCACCACAACUAGGACCUCCCAUCCCCCCACCACCGCCAAUGGGAUAUCAAGGCACCUGGCCACCACAACCUCCCCCCCGCUGGAACCCCAAUCAGCCUCCAAUGCCGCCCUUCCCCGUCGCAGGCGGUACCUGGGGCCCAGGUGGCCAUCCACCCCAUGGCCCUGCUCCGCCACCGUUCAACGGGUAUCAGCAGAACAACUGGGGCCGAGGCGGCCGAGGCGGCGGCAGUGCUGGUCGUGGAUAUCGCGGCCGUGGUAGAGGAGGCUACAACAACUGAUACGACGCCGCUCGCGAGCUGUCGGCUCUGCUAUGCAUGCCCUCUCACAGUCCCCUAUAACAACGGCUAGUCAAGCGGCAUCGAAACUUGUGGCACAAGGUCUGCAAGGCACGACGCAGCAUUAUGUUCUUUUCUCCUUAUUCUUGACGGGCAUCGGAGCGCCGCGCUUCGACGCGACACGGCAGGUUGUUUCCUGUAUUCUUUUUCUUCUCCUCGAGAGAUGACGAGCGACGAGGCGUCUACGGCAACAUUGGGCAACUUGUUCGAGCCGCAGAGGCACACCCCGUCCGCACGAUGCGCUUGCACAGCUCGCCAAUGGUUUUUGUUCUCUUUUCCUAUGUUUUGGGGCCACUGUUCAGCCCUCUUUGAUGCUGUGCCAGCUAGGCGCAUGUUGCACCAGGCAAGCACUCGACGCCUCUAUUCGCAACACAGGCUAUGAAGUGUACGAUUUGCGAGAGAGAACGAGAGAGAGAGAGAGAGAGAGAGAGAGAGAGAGAGAUAGGGAU